CCCACGUGGAUGCCCCGCCCCGGCCGGCCAGAGACAGUCCAGCUUUGCAGAGCCCGGCAUGGCCCACUACGAGGAGGUGCGCGUGUCAGGCUACGGCGACUUCUGCAAGGCGGUGGAGCAGCACCAGGGCAAGACCAUCUUCGCCUACUUCACGGGCGACAAGGACGCCGAGGGCCGCAGCUGGUGCCCGGACUGCGUGGAGGCCGAGCCUGUGGUUCUGAAGGCCCUCGAACACAUCCCCGAGGACGCUGUGUUCAUCUACUGCCAGGUCGGGGACCGGCCCUACUGGAAAGAUCCCAACAAUGACUUCAAGAAGCAGCUAAAUUUGACUGCAGUGCCGACCCUGCUCAAGUACGGGACGCCCCAGAAGCUGGUGGAGUCCGAGUGUAUGAAAGUCAGUCUGGUGGAGAUGCUGUUUGCGGAUGACUAAAGAAGUGGGAGUAAGCCGCGCCAGACCCGACUCGAUUAUAAAGGACCCUCGCCAUCGAUCGUGUGAUAGCAGCAUUAGCCGAAAUAAUGUUUCCAAAGCCUCCAAUGAAUGUUUUGCAAAUAGAGCACCCUUUAU